UGCGCGGCCGCCGCGGUGCGCGCCGCGGAGCGCCAUGGCGGGCUCGCUCAGCGGCAUGUUCGCCAACCAGCCGCCUGGGCCGCCGCCGCCACCGGGGCCUCCUGGCGGGCCCGGCCCGGCCGGCCUCAUCCCGCCGCCGGCGGGGCCGCGCAACGCGAACAACACGCUUGUGGACGAGCUGGAAGCGUCCUUCGAGGCCUGCUUCGCCUCGCUGGUGAGCCAGGACUACGUGAACGGCACGGACCAGGAGGAGAUCCGCACUGGUGUUGAUCAGUGCAUCCAGAAGUUCCUGGAUGUGGCAAGACAAACAGAAUGCUUCUUUCUACAAAAAAGACUGCAGCUCUCAGUUCAGAAACCAGAGCAAGUCAUUAAGGAGGAUGUUUCAGAACUAAGAAACGAAUUGCAGAGAAAAGAAGCACUGAUUCAGAAACAUUUGAGUAAACUGCGACACUGGCAGCAGGUCCUGGAAGAUAUCAGCGUACAGCACAAAAAGCCUGCAGAAAUGCCUCAGGGCCCACUGGCGUACCUAGAACAAGCAUCUGCCAAUAUUCCUGCUCCAAUGAAGCAAACUUGACCUGUGGUUUGACACAGCGGACUGCUUUCAGCAGUGCAGAGCGUGCUGCUCUUACUUUGUAUGCUUUUUGUAUGAUGUCAUUUGUGAUACAAAUAGAAAUAC